AGAACCUUUUAAGUUAUAGCUUAUACUUUAUGUUUUAUGUUUGAACUGAACAUGUAAUGCUUAUUCUAUUUAAAAAAAUAUUUCCUUUUUUGCAUAAACCACAUUUAAUAUGUACAGUAUUUUGAAGGUCUCUCUAUGGCUACUAGAGUUUAUCGUUAAUAUGAUCAGAAAAAAAAAUAAUUUCCUUAUAUUUUCAUUUAUUUUCUUAUUUACUGGUAUUAAAAAUUGUGAUUAUAGAUUACCUAUUACCUACUUUAUAAGAUUAUAAAAACAAAUUAUUUUUGUGGAUAUAUCAACAUUAUUUUCUUUAUAAAUAUUGAAAAAUAGAUCAUGGGAUAAUAUUUCUUUUUACCCUCCUACCUAACCCCUGGGCUCAGGAACAAGUACAUAUUAUAUUGUAUUACUUGUAUUAAUGUAUCGUGUUUGUAUAUUAUGGUUAUGUCAUGACAAUGAUAGUCUUAAGUAUCAAGAAAUGCAAUUGGAAAUAAGACAGGCUAAAUAAGGAUAAAUUAAUUUGUCUUGAUUCUUAUAUAAUUUCUGACUUGGCAGCUGGCUCGGUCAGGCUGAUCAAUUAUCUUAAUGAAUCAGUGUGAUCAAUAACCUACCCAAUGAUGAUAACUAUAAUUUAUACUAGCGGAGAGACUUCCCUGUUUUUUACUUUUUGAAUAAUAAGUUAACAAUUAAAUAAAAAAAAGGUGGGUUAGUUAGUGGAUGUCACUCUGCUGUACAGUAGAUUACAAGUGGGUCACUGUAAUGGAUGGUGUUAAAUUUGAAUUCAAUGAUAUAAUAUCAUUGUAUAAGAAAAACGAUUCUGAGCGAAAACGGUCAGUCAGCCUAUGAUAUUACCAAGUAAUUAUAUAAUCAUAUAAGUAAUUUAUAUAUAACCUAUUUACGUAUUUUUUUUAUUUUUUUUUUUUUUUGAUAAAGGUAAACAAACUUAUGGAUAAUCUUGUAUUACAUUUUCAAAUCUUAGAUUUAAAAAGAAAAAUUUUUAUGAAUUCUCAACUCAAAAUAAUUUGCUUAUUUUCGUGAUUUUUCCGUAAUUUGUCAAGAUUUGAACUUUAAAUGCUUAUAUAUAAAAACUGUGACUAAGGACUUUUAAUUUUUUUCAUCUGCCUUUGAACCAAUAACCUAGGAGCCUUCUAUUAAAUUUUAAAGCUUUUUUACCCAACAGAUAAAAUUUAAUUGAAGUUUAUAGAAAAAAAAUGGAAACUGAUAAUGUCCGUAAACAGCUCAAAAUAAGUCAACAUAUUUGUAAAAUGUUAUGGUGUAUAGAAAAUGCUAAUAUAAACGUUCAGUCAAAAUUUCAUGUACCUACGGUCAUUUGUUUUAGAGUUGCACCAAAAACCAAAAUCGAUUUUCUCAAAAACAGAAUUUGCGUAAAAAUUCCUGUUUUUCCUUAAUUUUUCUUUUGUUUUUCACGUCGCGUUUGAAAACUACUGAGAAAUUUUUACUUUUGACCCCCAAAGUACCAACUAGAUUCACUUUCCUAUCAGAAAAGUUACUGUUGAAGAAAAUCAAAAUUUGAACUUUGAAUACAUAUACAAAUAAUUGGGCCUAUGCAUUUUUAAUAUUUUUUAACUGAUAUAGUAACAUUAUAUCAGGUGCCUUGUAUUACAUUUUUCACGCUUUUUGACUAAACAAAUAAAAUUUUAUUGACAACUAUUAUAGAAAAAAAUUUUAAAAUGUCCUCAAACAGCUAAAAAAAAUUAAAAAUUUGUUGAAAAUGUUAUCGUGUAUAGAAAAUGCUAACCAAUGCACAUUUCGUGUAUCUACAGUAGUACGCAGUCAUUCGUUUUUGAAUUACAACAAAAUAAGAAAAUUGCUACAUGAGAAAUCGAGUGAUAAUCCAAAGUUGUAAAAAAAUGAACUUCAAACGCUCAUUAAAAUUUAAUUUGACUAUCUUGUAGACAUUUUUUUUCGAUAAAAGUAGGAAAAUUUGAGAAAUCUUGUAUUACAUUUUCAAACCUAGAUUUAAAAUGAAAAUUUUUUAUGUAUUUCUAACUCAAAAUAGUUUGCACAUUUUUGUGAUUUUUAAGUAUUUUGUCAAGAUUUGAACUUUAAAUGCUUAUAAAAAAAAAUUAUGACUGGAUAUUUAAUAUUUUUCAAAGUCAUCAAAACAAAUAUGUUAGGAGCUUUGUAUUAUUUUUUUCAAGCUUUCUUACCCAACAAAUAAAAUUUUUUGACAAUCAAAGAAAAAAAACAAACAAUUUGAAAUUUAAAAUGUCCGACACAGUUCAAAACAAAUUUUUUUUUAUCAUGUAUAGAAAAUGCUAAUAUAAGCAACCAGUGAAAAUUUCAUGUAUCUACGGUCAUUUAUUUUAGAGUUACACCAAAAACCAAAAUCGAUUUUGUCAAAAACCGAUUUUACGAACAAUUUCAUGUUUUCCUUACAUUUUUUUUCUCUGCGCUUUUGAAAGCUAUAAGAUUUUUUUUACUUUUUACCCCCCAAAGUACCAAGUAGAUUCACUUUCCUAUCAUAAAAAUUAAAAGAUACUGUUGAAGAAAAUCCAAGCAUUUUUAAACAUAACAACAUUUAAAAAUAUGGUUCCCGGUAAAAUGCAUAUUCUGUUCUCAGGUGACCAGUUUAUUUAGCCGUGGUUUCAACAAUACAUCUUUAUCAGUUAUGGUGAUAAGAGGUUUGAAGUGUUUGAAACUCACAACAAUGACGAAUGAACAGUUAAACUGUGGUUUAAAUUCAAAUCGAAAGCAAAACCAGAUAAAUCACUAUUGACUGGCGUAUUCGAAAAAUACUAUACUUAGAAUAAUUAAUUGUUUCAGUACCUGUAAAGCCUUUAAUCAUUAGGCAUUGUAAUUCAUUUAAUAGUUUUAAUUCGCUGUUUCAAAGUUUAAAAUGUCUUCAACUGAACCUAGCCCGCAGCACAUAUCUGCACUUAGGAAAUAUUUUGGACAUUCUACAUUUCGGUCCAUGCAAUGGGAGAUCAUAUAUUCAGUUUUAGAACAAAAAAGAGAUGCAUGUGUGGUUAUGUCUACUGGUUAUGGAAAAAGUCUUUGUUAUCAGUAUCCGGCAGUUUAUAGCAAAGGCUUAACCAUAGUAGUUUCCCCGUUAAUAUCGUUAAUGAAGGAUCAAGUACUUUCUCUGGAGAUGGCCAAUAUAAAAGCAUGUCUGCUAGGCUCAGCUCAAACAUCUAAGGCAGACGCUUUGAAUAGUCUUUUUUCUGGAGAAGUUAGAGUGUUAUAUAUAACUCCAGAAUGGAUAGCCACGGAUUCAGCAAAAAAGAUUUUACAAAAUUUACAAACGAAAAUCCAAAUUGUUGCUGUCGCUAUUGAUGAAGCACAUUGUGUUAGUCAGUGGGGUUUUGAUUUCAGAUCUUCUUAUAGGAAUUUAGGAAAAUUACGCAACAUAUUACCCAAUGUCCCAAUCAUGGCAUUAACAGCCACUGCUACACCAAUUGUACGCAAAGAUAUUUGCAAUUCAUUGAAUCUCAUAAAUCCAAAAUAUGUGUGUACGGGAUUUGACAGGAAAAAUCUAUACUUUGAGGUAUCAAAAAAAACAAGUAUAUAUGUUGACUUGAAUAAAUUUAUGAAAAAAAAUGGGUUAAAAAUGUUUUUUGAAGGUGCCACAAUUAUAUAUUGUCCUACAAAAAAACAGACUGAGGCAGUUGCACAAGAAUUAAAAUCUAAUAGAAUAGAAUGUGAAGUUUAUCAUGCUGAUAUUCCAUUGAAUAAAAGAAAUACUGUUCAUGAAAAUUUUGUAAAAGAUAAAUUGCAAAUUGUUGUAGCUACAGUGGCUUUUGGAAUGGGUAUUGAUAAGCCAGAUGUAAGACGUGUUAUUCAUUAUGGAGCACCUAAAGAUAUUGAAUCAUAUUAUCAAGAAGUUGGUCGAGCAGGACGGGAUGGUUUGCCAGCCAUGUGUCAUAUAUUCUACAAUCAAGCUGACAUUGUGCUCAAUAGACAUAUAAUGCUUUCAAACCUCACAAAUGAUACAUACCGCUCACAUAAAGAAAAGAUGGCUAAGGUCAUCGAACAGUACAUGGAGACUAGAUUGUGUAGACGUCAACUAUUAUUAUCCUAUUUUGAGGAUGUCUCUUCGUUAACUACAUCUGAUACUUCUAUCAUCAGAACAGAUUGCUGUGAUAAUUGUACAAAUAACCAGAAGACUGACAAAUUACAACCUGAUAAUAACAUAGAUUUAACUGAAGAUAUACAAUUAGUCUUACAAUGUGCACAAGCACUAGGUGGUUAUUUUGGACUUGUGGCUAUAGUAAAUUUCAUUUGUGGUAAAAAGAAUGAUAAAUUGUCCAAAUAUACGACCCAUAAUUUGUACGGAAAAGGAGACUAUAAUACAGAAACUUUUUGGAAAGCACUAGGUAAAUUGUGUUUGAGAGAAAGUUUACUACAGCAAAAUCCUUGCCCUUCGUUCAAGGAAGGCAACACAUUUUCUUUUCCAAUCAGUACUGUUGCAGUUUCAGACAAGGGAUACGAAUUCAUAAAAUACGGAAAGAAAUCAGGUAUUCUAAUAGACCCAUCAUUGGAUGUUUUAAAAAUGUUCAAAUCUAAAUCAGCCAUUAAAUUGAAAGAUGUUUAUAAAGGUUGUGGUACCUUAGAUAUAAAAUUGAAGUAUCAACGUGAAGAAAAAAUAACACAAUUUACACCUUGUACACAAAAUUACAGCUCUCAACAACCAACUGAAAACACAGAAUUAGAAAAUACAAUCUAUUCGACUUUGGUGAUGUAUAGAACCACAUUAGCUCAACAAUCAGACUGUAUGCCUUAUAUGAUUGCAAGUAAUAAAUUGUUAAUCAAUGUGGCAAAAUUAAAACCUAAAAAUGUAUCUGAAUUAAAAAAUGUUGAAGGGUUUACUGAAGCCAAAAUUGAUCGUUUCGGUCAAGCAAUAGUGGAUAAGGUGAUAGAAGUUUGUAAUAAAUAUCCGGUAGAAUCGAAGACUGAGAGUGUGAACCAAUACGAAACUAAUAACUCAAAUUCCAGUGUAUGUGAUAACUUUUGGGAUGAAUGUGAUGACUCCAUCUUCAGUGAAAUAUGUGAUACAGAUGAAAUAAAAAAAUGUGGUGUUGAUGGAGAUGUAGAAAUAAAUGAAGUUUAUAGUAGUUUAAUUCCUAAAAAUGAUGAAAACCCAACUAAAAGAAAAUAUUGCGAUACUGAAUCAAAUGGGAUGUGUCAAGAAAUAAUAACAGAACGUAAUAAAACCAUGAUUAAAAAAUUAAAAAAUAACCCUCUAUUCAAAUUAUAAAAUGCAAUUGAAUAUAAUAUGUCAUUAUAAUAAUAUAUUUUUCCAAAGACUAAUUAUUUUAUUUUCAUACCCAAAUUAUAAAUAAUUGUUUUUUCCGUAAACUGUUUAUUCAAAAGGCAACAUUUAUAAUAUUUGAUCUAAUAUUUAAUAGUUAAUAUAUGAUUUUACUCAAAAAGGGGCAAGUCAUUCAAUGAUAAUUUGGAUUAGGCACCUACCUUUAUUUAUUACAUUACUACAGUUUGUUUAAAUUAAAAUAUACUUGUAGAUAAUUAUUCAUAUUGUGAAUGUAUUAUGUCGCUAUUAUUGACUAGUAUUAUACUUAAAUCACUAGAGAUCUUUCUGAUAACAAGUUCAAGAUUUUUGUCUAACAAAUAAUGGUAACAACUAUCAGAAUUGUGUUGUGCAGGGUAUCCCAAUAACUGUGAAUAUUGUGACAAUGUUUCUUUAUAAUUAAAUUUUUUUUGUGUGUUUUA